AUGUAUGUGAAAUGGUUUGAAACAGGAAUGUUUUACUAUGUUAUUUUAGUGAAUUUAGUGAAUGUCACUUUUUGUCAUUUUCAAAUUUCCCGCCGUUCCGUCCGCCAUACGUCCCGACGUCGCAGGGGACGGAACCCAGAAGACAGAUGCCAGCAUCGGCCGGAGGACAUUACAGGGGACACUGCAGGAGGGACAUCACGGGAGCGCAGGACAAGGUAAGAGAAGAACAGAUCCCGGAGCAGCGCCGCAUGGUAAGCCCGAGUGUAGCUCGUGGUUACCGCUUGUGCUACACUCGGGAAUACCGCCAGGGAGGCUA